AUGAACAUUCUUGUCGUCGAUACAAUCCAUGAGCAGGCUUCUAACUGUAAGUUAAUGAGUUUCUUAAUUGUAAUCUCCAAUCAAGAUGCACUAUCUUUAAUUUUUGAAUACUUUUCAAACUAGAAAGGAACUAAAACAAUCAACCUAUCCAAGUUGUAUACUCUUUGUGUUGUAAUCAUUCGCUUCUUGUAUUUGAACUCUGAAUUUCAACAUUUCACCUGCUCAACAGCUAAAUUUCUAUUGUAUCAUAUUUUACAUUUCAUAAGUUGCUCUAUUCUUGAUAUUAAGUCACAAACUUCUUGUCGCCUUCUUCUUCUUUAAGAGUUUGUUAGACAAAUUGAGCUCCUCUUCAUUUAGGUAAGAAAAAUUUUUGAAUUCCUAAUUGCUCUAAUGCUAUUGUUUUUUUCUUAAAUAAAAGAUAUAUUAUAUCUGUACAAGUGUGAAUGGAUUGGUUAAGCGUUUCAAUUACGGGAGAAUAAAAGAAAAAAAGAGGAAGACAAAAGCAAUGUUUUGUUAAAUGCAAAAGGUACUAGACUGCCUUCAAGAGUUUAAUCAAAUGUAAUUUCUUCAUCAAUUGACUAAGGUAAUUUAUUUUGUGGAGGUCUAUGUGAAACUAAAAUUGUGUCAUUUCAUCCUAAUAAACUUUACUACAAUAACAAGACAUGCCAAUUUAGAAGAAUUCUAUACAAAUAGAAAGGUUAAUAGAAAUAUAUUCGAAUAAAUGAUGGAUAUAAUUAUGUAGAGGAAUAAAUUUAAAAAAAAAUUGUUGCUAAAUGGAGUAAAUAAGUUAACUUAAAAUAGAGGUAAUCAAAAAGGAGAAAGAAUAGUAUGAAUUAUACAUACAGCAAUAUAAAUUAAAUUAUCAAAGCAAUUACCAAGACAUAAAAUAAAAAGAAAUUUUAAAUAUCUUAAAAGACUAGAAUAACUACUCAAAACUAGUAAAAUUAUGUUACAAGCAUAACCAAUCAAUAAAACUUAAAAUAUUAAUAGUGA